CGAACAUUUCUUCAACGCCCUCAAGAAUUUCAUAUUAUUCGUGGACCAUUUCUUGAACUUGCUUUUGAAAAUGGUGUUGCAGAUCCUUCCGAACCUUUGGAGGAUACUAAUUUAUUCAUGCCAAAAGUUUUAUCUAUAUUUGACGAAAUUUGGAAAACUUAUUAUGAUGAUUCCUCGAAUAAAUCAAAACGAGUAUUUUGUAAAGAACAUACAAAUUUUUUUCUAAAGUUUACAUCGGGAUCUACCAUUUUAUCAGAUUCACGUUUUUUAGAGAUGACACACACGUUCUUAAUCCGUAAUCCUGAAAAGUCAGCAAAAUCUUUAUAUAAAGCAAAUAAUUUCGCACCUAAAGAUUCUGUAUUUUCUACUCAACGUUUCAGCAAGGAUAUAGUAGGAUUGAAAGAAACCAAACAAAUUUUUGAUUUGCUAAAAGAGUUAAAUAAACCACUUGUUGUUGUGGAUGCUGAUGAUUUGAUUAACGAUCCAGAAAGAGUUUUGAAGAAAUAUUGUGAGUUAAUUGGAGAAGAAUUUAAAGAAGAAAUGACUCACUGGGAAGCAAAACCUGUCAAAGAGUGGGUUGGAAAUAAAAAUAUUGCAGAGGUUUCAAAUGAUGCGGAAAAUAGUACUGGUUUUAAUAAAUUUACUGAUAAACAUAAUAUUGAAAUUGAAUUUCCACAAAUUGUCUAUGAUGCUAUCGAAGAUAGCAAACCGUAUUAUGAUUAUUUAUAUCAGUUCAGAAUUUAA